AUGUUCCGGGCGGCCCCCCUGCAGGCUCCUGGCCCCUCCAGGGCGCAUCCGCGGGCCCAUGGACGCUGCGCGGCAGUCCGGCGUCGGCGUUGCGGCUCCUCCGAUCGCCGGGCAUCGUGGUGGCUGGCAUUGAACCUGCAAGGGUGCAGAGCCAAGGCAGGAUCCGAUGUGAAUGGCCUGGCUGCCGGGACAGAAGAGCAGGGAGAAGAGGCAGAUGCGGUGGUGAGGCCUGAAUCCCGGUCCGAGGCUACGCAGCCAGCAGCCACACACAGUGAAGCUUCCCCUUCUGGGGCUGCUGUUGUGACUGCGUCCGCAAAUGGGGCAACAAGCUCCCCCAGUCAGGGCUCGACGAGUGAGGGGCAUGAGGCAUGGCUGAGAGCCAUACCAAAGCCCGUCAUGGCCUUCUGGUCUGACAACCCAUCCAUGCAGUUACUGCACUGGUCACGAGCGGUGCUGCAGAAACAGUUCCUGCCGGUCGUCUUUCUAACUUUGCUCAACUCGGCAACUCGUUUCGGCCUGGUGUGGGUGCUUUACCAAAUACUUGCGCUGGGAGCUGUACACAUCUUUGGCGUGCCACCUUCCAUGAUUCCCAAGGCACUAAUGCCCACUGCCGAGAGCCCUGGCGAUCCUGGAGUGUACUCGAGACUUGCUGAUGCUACCUUCCUGCUGUUCAAGCCACUGGACUUCUUGUUGAAGGGACUGUUCCUGGCAGCCACCCUGGUCCUCUGUCGUGAGGCUGCUGAGGCAGCAGUGCUGGACGGCCAUAGCCAAAAUGGCACUGGUGGGCCUGCUCGCCUGGCAGCAUCAGGCACGCAACCAAAGGAGCAGAAGUGGUGGGCAAGGGUAUGGAGUGCGGGUCAUCGUGGCCUUGGGGCCAUCAGGAAUGUCGCUCCCAUUGCUGUGCCUGUCACAGCUGUGCACAUCGUCGUGGGCGCCUUCACAGCCCUAUACCAGGGCUGUUGCCUGCUGUUGCUCCCCAUCGUCUUUGCCAUGAGACGACUGUUGAACAUCCAACUGGCGCUUACAGCUGCUGUGUUCGAAGGCGAGACAUUUAAGACGGCCCUGGACCGCUCCAAACAGCUUGUGGAGCCCCUGCGGCCUGGCCUCUACCUUCCUUUCAUCUUCCUCUUUGCCACUCCAAAGAUCUUGGGCAUGUUGCGGGAUUUGGUGAUUCAAACGGUGCCGGAGAGGCUCUUCGCGGAAGUCCCCGAGCUCACCUGGUCACUGGUUGCUGUCCUGACAGUGGCUGCAUUCCUCCUCGACAGGAUGAAUGAAGUUCUGCCUGUUGUGGUGUACACUAUGGCCAAGCGGUGCGAGGACGAAACGAAGUCGUGA